UUAUUUAAGGUAGCGAGGAACUCCACGGGGGGGUCUCCCUCUUUGACAUGAUCAAGAUUAGAUUUUUUCUGGCCGAGGGCGGCACCUCCUUUGACCUCCUCCACCCCUUUGACCAGCGCUCCGCUAUUCAAUCCGCCUCCCAGGUUUCUCCUCCAUCGACUGAGAAGAAGAAGCAGCAGCAGCAGCAGCAGCAGCGCGCGACGCGGGAGGCUUUGGGUGCCGUCGAUCCAUCUGGGUUUCGGUCGUUCGUUCGUUCUGGGUCUUUGCUGAUUUGAUCGAUUAAUCAAGCCGUCGGUUGGGUUCGUCGGAGCGGGAGAGGGGGGUUGUUGGGUGGGCAGGGAAUUCGCGUGGCGGAAGAUGGGCGGCCUGAUGAGCAGGUUGUCCUCGUCCUCGCCCGACUCGGGCAAGGGCCGGAGCAAGUCGAGCAGCGUGCAGGUGUCCCACGGGUUCCACCUGGUGGAGGGCAAGUCCGGGCACGACAUGGAGGACUACCUCGUCGCCGAGUACAAGAAGAGGAGGAACCACAUCCUCGGGCUGUUCGCCAUCUUCGACGGCCACCUCGGCGAUCGCGUCCCCAGCUACUUGAAGCAGCAUCUCUUCGACAACAUCCUCGACGAGCCGAGUUUCUGGACAGACCCUGCGACCGCCAUAAAGAACGCGUAUCGGUCCACGGACAAUUUCAUUCUCGAGAAGUCGAUGCAGUUGGGCCCUGGUGGCUCGACUGCCGUGACUGCGAUCGUGAUCGAUGGCAAAGAUUUGUGGGUCGCCAACAUCGGUGAUUCCAGAGCAGUGGUCUGCGAGAGGGGCUCUGCCAAUCAAAUUACGGUCGAUCACGAGCCGCACACCGAACGGAAAAGGAUUGAGGAGCAGGGGGGGUUUGUUACUCUUCUUCCUGGAGAUGUGCCUAGAGUUAAUGGACAGCUUGCAGUUGCACGGGCUUUUGGAGAUCAAAGCCUCAAAGCACACUUAACUUCGGAGCCUGACAUAAGGCAUGUACCAAUUGAUUCGACUAUUGAGUUCGUCAUAUUGGCAAGUGAUGGCUUGUGGAAGGUGAUCAGUAACCAAGAGGCAGUUGACUUGGUCAAACCGAUAAAAGACCCUAAAGCAGCAGCAAAGCGAUUAACAAGCGAGGCACUGACAAGAGAGAGUAAAGAUGACAUAUCUUGCAUCGUCAUCAGAUUCGCUAAUGCUGUCGAGAAGCAUCAUGAUAGAGCCACGCGGUCAUUGUGAAUAUCUCCAGUUCUUUAAGAAGUUGAAUGCUGAUGUGAAAGGUAAAGUUAUAUAUGCAGGUCCAUGUGCUUUUGGCGUGCUGUACUUAGUAGUGGCCUCGGUUGUAUAGGUGUUAGAGCAGAUUGAAUAAUAGUGGUGCAUUUCCUUCUUUAUUACGAGCGCCUCAGCCUCCUGUCGCGCCCGAGUAGUUUUAGGAUGUGUGAGGUGUCAUUAUUCCACGGUAUCGUCGUUUGUAUAGUUACUCCUACCAUAGUGAUUGUUGUGAGGGGUAUCAACUCUGGGUGAUUUUGAACCUUGGGAUGUCUUUUUACCCAAUAACAAGUCUGGCUUGUCAUUAAAAUUCCUUUGCAGUAGCAUU